CUUAUUAUCAUGGCGUCGUUUACGCUUGAAGGCUUACUUGCCUACGUGACGGAAACCUUUACUGCCGGUGUGAUUCAGUCAUAUCAGGGACCAGCACUUCACGAAGAUGCUCCACUGAUACAGGCAAGAGACCCUUUGGAGGAUUUCAAAAAGUUUGAUGAUAAUGAUACGAUUUUUCAAGAAUACAAUCCACCACCAGACGACGACAGUAAGAUGGGCUGGAAGAGAUCUCGGCCGCCAAGAUGGAUGUCGCUUUGGAAGGCCGUUAAAUGUGUGUUUUUAAUUCAAAUUGUUGGAGGUUCAGCCCUCGGCUCGCUUGCGCUAUUGAUUAUAGUUUUGGAUUUUAAUUUCGUUGAUCUUUGCUACGAUGGACAGUUACAUGGUCACUGGAACUCGCUAUCACGUAAUAUUCAAGCCAUUAUCGUGACAGCCGAGACAGUGGAAGCAUAUGUGAUCCAGAUGUGGUCAUUUCUUCUGAUAAUAACAAUGUUUGGAUGGCCAUUAGUAAAGAGCCUCAAUCUGUUAAUCCUUAAUCUCCUGGGAGCAUUCUUCGAUACCUGUUACAGGCUGUACCUUCAAGUCUUUGGAUUAUACGGGAAGUCGUGGAGGUCUUUUCCUUUAAAUGCUUUAUUUCUUAUCAUKGUUCUGAUGAACUCUGUUAUAGUGGGAAGAGAAAUUGCUAAAAACACGGCUGGGGAACGAAGUAGAAAACUUAGAAAAACCCUAGAGGUUUCUUCUAUACUCGCAGCGCAACUGGUUUUUGGGAUUCCCAUCGCAUUUGUUCUUGUUUACGUGUUGAUUCCGUUAUACGGUCGGCAGAAUGAGACGUACAGGGCGGUUAUCGCCGGCGCACUUCCUUUGGUGACCGCUGUACCGAAGGUCAUCGUGCGAUUGGCGGCGCAAAGGAUCGACUUUCUUCAUCCGGGUGACUCACAUGUCCUAUUGAGUGUUCUCUACAGCGCAUCUGGAAUCGUUUUCCGUGUCAUGCAAGCAGAACUGACGAGUCUUCAACUGUUCAUUGUUCUGAGCUUUGCACACGGUACGGUGGACUUAUUGGAAAGAUUAACCAUUAUUGUGCGAGACUAUCUGUGGUACUUUAUUUACAAAAAAUUUAAAGGUGACGCGAACGCCGUAGAAGCGUUAAGGGCUGAAAAAUUUCGCACGCCUAGAAGCAUGCGUUUUAUUGCAGAUAUGAGCAUUCAGAUGAUCCUCGGAGAAUCGACUGCGUUGAUAACAGCGGUAGGCUUUAUCCAGCUAUAUAGCUUCAUGUACAACAACAAUAGUCUGGCCUUCUCUGACAUGGGUUUGGUUGGGGAUUUUUUCAUCCGCGUGUCGAUUGCGCUAACAAUAGAUUUCUUUUUCAAUUCGUUCUCGUUUUGGCUACAAAUGUCAUAUCUAAAUGUUGCUGUAGUGCAAGUGUGGAAGAAGAAAUGGUGCAAACAUAUAUUCGUGGGUUUGAUUUUGACUUCCGUGACACUCUGUUACUUUACAGCCCAUUUGUUCGCUGUUGUAAAGGACAAGCAUACGUCUACUUCUAAAAUGCGCCAUUUUAAUUGCACCGGACCAUUUUCAAGAUUUUAGCGGGAGCGGAGUUUGGCUCAGAAAAUAAUCCUUACAAUAGUUUAGUGGUUAAAAUAUCAGUUUUGUAAAUGAGAAUUUAUUCAUUUGUGGCAUGCAGGAGACAGGUGUCCAACACAAGGAGCACAAGAGUAAUUCCCGCGCGCGAGAACGUAAACGCUUGAAUUACUUCGCUUGUGCGCGUCAGUCAGCAUGAUUUGCGCGCGUCUCGAAUUACGUGGUCUUUUUCGAAGGUUUUUUCUUUUUUCUUAUUUUGUAGCAGUUUCAGAAGGAAAGAAAAAAGACAAUUGUGUUAAUCAAGUACUGAAAACAGAUUUUAGAGAAAGCGUGGUUCCUUUCUCGACAGGACGGAAAACGCGUGCGCUGUAAGUACCUCUCGUUGUCCCAUACAAAGCCUUAGAAACCUUUUCUAAGGUUAGUGUGGGACAACAGAAGGUUCUUACAGUGCACGCAUUUUCCGUUGUCAUGAGUGCUACAGAGUGUCCAAGACUACAAUACAAUAUCAAUUGUAUCUUUAUUAUCAUCCUAUCUGAGUCGUUUUCAGUUUAUAACGUAGAGGGCAAAAUUACUUAAUGCUGAUUGGCAAAGACUGAGGGCAUUUUUCUUUAAUUUUUGUAAUUACCCCGAGCAAAGUUAUUUGAUUUUGAGAACAUUAAAAGAGGCCUAACCUUAUCUAAUUUCGUUUAUGACACACUUUUUUUAUCAGAGCAGGUUUCAUUGCUUUGGUAUAUCGUGGUUCACCUUUUAAUGUAAAAGAAUCUCGCUCAAAAAUAGUACUUCCUUUGAUUUCUGGAGAUAUGAGUUAAAAAUUAAUUGAAAGGGUUUUUUUUAGUGGUUUGGCCAAGUGACCGUUCAAUACAGGUACACGACAAUACAAUUAGGCCGUCAGGAACAAGUAAAGGUUCUUGCCUGCUAAGCGGCACCACAUUUAGCGGUCACGUUGUGUAACCCCGAAAGGUCACAUGUGUAGCGAGGGUCGUAAGCGACGAAUUUGGAGACCAGACAACUGUAACGCUGAACGUAAACUUCAAUUGAAAUAGCGUAAAAGGCAGCGGCUUGUAGAAUGAUGGAUAGAUGAUUCGAUGCAUAGCUUUGUGUAGCGAUAAGGUCUUGUUGCAGUGAGAUUGGUCGUGGUUCGAACUAGAAAGCAAAGAAAGGAACCUAAAUAAGCCGACGCCUGUGGAUGGACUUCUUAACUUAGACGACGUGGCAUAGAAUGGCGAACCUACACAAGCGCUAAAGAUAAUCAUGCCAGUUAAGAUAAUGAAGCUAACUAUAACAACGAAGUAAAUAAAAUGGCUUACUUUAGUCUGGCUCCUUGCGGCAAUAGGUGGCUGAUAUGUGGCGGUGAAAAAGAAAGUAGCGUUUAAUGAACAAGUAGCGUUGUAACAAUAACCCUCUCAAAGAACUACCUCUCUUACAGAAUGAAAUUCGAUCGCUAAACCUGUCACACAAGUAUGUACGGUUGCGCAAAAAGUAGAUAAUGAACGAGAACAAGACAGGAAUCACGGCUAAAUAUAAACAGACGAACUAUUAUGGUAUGAAAGUAACACCUUGCCGGUAUUAAGUGGUCAGUCGGUCAAAGUCCUGAAUAUGUUUCUUCUCAGCCACUACAAUGUUCACCUCUAUUAGGCGGUUACCUCCAUCGAGCAGUUGCAGUCACCCUUUAGUUAGAGCCAACAGCCUUGUUUUAUUGUUUUCUAUGUGUGUCAAAUGGUCACCGAGAGCAGAACUACUCAAAUAAAACUAAAAAUAAUCUUUCAAGUAAUAUUUAAUCCAUAGUUUUUUUUAAGCGAGAUUCCACAUAAUUAAGCAGCCAACCUGUAGCUAGCCGUCACCCUGCCAAAGACCAGAAUGUCAUAUUUUCUGUUUUUGCAAAUUAAGUUGCAGAGCACGAUUUGAGUUGCAAAUGUGAAAUUUUUCUCAGUUUUAUGAUACUGAAGUCACCUUUGUUGCACCUGCCGAAAGAUAAAAAGGAAACAAAAUUACAAUGAAAUGGAAAUAAAACCUUUGUGAUAUUCAUGAGUUUCAAGUAUGUCACGAGUUGAUUUGCACCUCAAAACGUUUUCCAGGAUUAAUAUUGAGUCUUGUUAUUCUAGUAGCUAUUUCUCAUUAAGAAUUAAAACCAGAUGAAUUAAAAAAAUCGAUUUGUUAAAAUCUCUAUUGGAGAUAAUAAAUGUAAACAUAACAUUUGCAAAAAAUUAAUUUCAUUUAAAUUAAUUCAUUCAAUUU